GCAAUGCAUACUGCUCUGCUGCAACCCCCCACUAUACUGCAUCUGGGGUAUUCGUGACUGGACGUCUGGGGGGAUCACACACAUUUCCGAUUAGGAGGAGGGAGUGAGAGAGAGAGAAGGGAGGGAGAGAGAGAGAGAGGGAGAGAGAGAGAGAGAGAGAGAGAGAUUACCGUUUCAUUCCAGCCAAUGAGACGGUCGAUACACUAAGAUUUUCAUAGUUGUGCAGGAGCACAAAGUGAACUGAGGUAAAACUUCCAGGUAAAACUACAAACCGACUUAAGCUCCUGAUACUCAGCUCUUCUCCUCUUUAAGCCCUCGAGGCCGCUGCUCCAGGCUUUGAUGACCACACUCUUUGAAGAAGGUGGACAGACGCAGGCAUGAGUAACAGUGGGACCAAAGAGCCGUCUCCUCAGCCGAGCACUGCCCAGGCGCCCUCUGAGCCUCAGCGCAGGGGCAGGGGUCGACCACGGAAACAGCAGCAGGAGCCUGUUGGACCACCAACUCCAAAGCGGCCAAGAGGACGACCCAAAGGCAGCAAGAACAAAGGCCCAAAAACUGCACUGAAGAAAGUAGAGCCCAUUGGGGAGCGACGACCACGAGGGCGACCAAGGAAAUGGCCCCAGAAAGUAGUUCCAGAAGUGACUGGAGAGCAGCAGGGCCCUUCAGAAGAGGCUGAGGAGGGUCCGUCACAGCGCGAUCCCUCGUCAUCUCAGGUGCCAGCACAGGAGGAAGGGGAGUAGAUGGGACGCCUCUCUACCUACCUCAAGGUUUGGCCUCGGACAAACAGAGGCACAAACUGACUCCUAUCUGUGAUGGGGAUUCAGAAACACACACACACACACACACUCUCUCAAAACUCACUCAAACAGUAGUGGUCUCUCCUAAUUGAUUACUGUACCUUGGAUUUGUUGUUGACUUACAAAGUUCGGUUUGUUUGGUGGACAAACUCUGUUCUCACAUUGGAGUACUUGAUCUUUUGAUAUAUAUUUUUUUAAAGGAAUAGUUUGACGUUUUGGGAAAUGGGCUUAUUGUCUUUUUGCCGAGCGUUAGAUGAGAAAACCAGAACAAUUUUUAUGUUAUUUUCCAGAAGCCUCAAUUUAAAAGCAGUUUUUGUUUUUACUCCAGUGUUGUGCAUUGGAGUUUUUAGUCACGCUGGUGGGUAGAUUUUAUCGCCUUAGCGACGAUGUUUACAUUGAUUUACAGUCCAGUCACCCCAACUAUUUUGCCUGUCAGUGUUCUCAUAUAACUCUCUGCAAGAAUGCAAACAAGAAUAUUUCCCUUUAAGUCAAACUAUUCGUUUCAGAGUGCCAGCUUUCCUGAACCCCUUUGACGUGCAUGCGUGUGUGAGCCGGUGGCGGCGGCGGUGGUUGUGAGGAGAGGGGACGGGGUCGCAGGUUAAAAUGAGAGGGGUUAAGCGAAAACAAAGGAACCUUUUUUUUUUUUUUUUUUUUAUAAAAACAUGCUUCUAACUCAAGUGUCAUGGAUUCUCGUGUGAAACGGGAGAAAGACGGCGACGUUUUGUUUUUUUAUACCAAUGUUACAAUAUAAACAUGGUGUGCUGGAGUUGAUGUGAAAGGUUUUAUGCAAAAAUCAAAUGUCCACCUUCGGUUUAAGUGUUCAAAAUCAAAGGAUUCCGAUAGCAUAAAAAAAAGUGAUAUUCAAUGUUUCCUUCCAACCAGCAGCCCAAAUGGAUAUUUUAUUUUGGAGAAAAAAAACUUUCACUCAUACUGAAGUCAACAGCAGUGUUGAUUUGUCAUUUUACCACACUCAGGAUCUCACUAUUAACAGUGCUUUUACACCAUAUUGAAACCUCAGGUACAAAACUAUUCAGGAACAUGUUGUCUACUCAGUAAUAAUUAUGGUGCUGUGUUUGUUGUGCAUUUCUGAUCUGUAUUUGACAUUACCAGUAUGCCUUGACACAAAGACCUCAUUUAAACCUCAGUUACCCUCAGUUUCUAAAUCUCUCAUUCUACCUCAGUAACAUAAAAGACAGAAGAUCUCCAAGAAAGCAACUUUCUUCACUCCUGCAGCAGUGACUUACAGUAAAUUAUUACUGUGCACACACACACACGCACACACACACACACACACACAAACACAUGCACGCAAGUUCAUGUGCAGAUAGACAGUACAGGCGUGCUCUUCAGGGCUACAUACAUGCCGACAAGCAAACACACAGAAGCCGAUGUUACACUCCAGUGAUAGAAGUGUACAAAUAGCAUCGGGGUCAUUUCUUUAAAAAAUAAAUAAAUACACACACACACACAUACACCCACACACACACACAAAAACUGUAUUUGGUUAAAAACUGAAGUGAGACUUUGUUCUCCUGGGAAAUAAAAUGCAGCCAAUAGUUUACAACAACUUGAUGAAAUACUUGCUUUUUAGGGUGUAGUUCCUCAUGACAUACCUUUUUUUGAGUUUGUUAUUCUUUUCUCAUUUUUUUUUUUACUACAUCAUGUAUUUUCUGAUUCUUACACUGUAAAUUGUACGUGUGACACUCUUAAUUCAUGGCAGCAAAUAACCACAAAGUGCUGAAAUACAUGAGAGUUACGGCUAAUGUUAGCCACCGGUCGCACCAGACCGACUGAGGCAGCAACAAAACACCUGAUUGUAUUGAAGCGAGGGUGUGUUUUAUUGCUUAAUCGAUUCACGUCACAAACUCUCCUUUUAAAGGAUAUUUUUAUUUACCUCUGACAGCAUAUAGUAAUACAAUAUACUAAAAAAAAAAUGUUUUCCAUGAAAAACGUUGAGCACGAGUUUUGUGUACAUUAAGGUGUACUGUUCCUGGUAAGGCAGGUGGCUGUCUAUGUGGCGUUUAAUGCUUUGAACACCAUCAGUAAAACUCAAUUCGUCUCCAUUGUAUUUGGGUGUAGGCCGAAAUCUGAAUAAAUAUAAAUGAAUAAAUAUAAAACCAGUCUACCUGUUACUGGUAGAGUGAGGAAAUGUUGGGUUUCAAGUUUGUAGCUACGAUUAAUGAUACCAACGUCCACAUGUUAUAUUAUUUAGCCUGUUUUACGUAUAAAGAGUUUUACUUGUUAGAAUUGCGCAAAAACAAAAAGACACAGACUGAAGAGAAUGUAUUAUUCUCCAGCAGAUUUACAUACGUGGCACCAGACUGUAAUGCAGGGGAAAUAAAUCUACAGAAAAUAUAAUUGAAUAUUAAAGGAAUGAAUUAAAAACUAUUAGUUUAGUUCAUAGAUCUAUCUGGAUGUAUCUGUAGUGAAUCAUCAUAACCACAUAGUAGAUUAAAGAGGAUUUACAGAAGGAGCUCAGGGGCUCUUGUUACUCAGAGAGACAUUUUCCAGUCUCUGGGGUUCUUUUAAAAAAUGUUUUCGAGACCUUUUUAUUGAGAGUCUCUGCACUUAAACCGACAGUUAAGUCAUCAUUGCAAAUGCGCCAGCAUCCUCUGAUUUCAUGUGUGGCGGACAUGAACGAUGUAUCACUUACAAGUUGCUCAGUACUGUACAUUACUUGAAUAUCACCCAUCAUUUACUGUGUACAUUUAAGCGUUUCUUCCACCUGCAACUUGCUUCUUUUGUCACUGAUCAUAUGAUGUAUUUCAGACGUUUCAUGCAUUUCAGCAUUGUUCACUAAAUUGCUGCCGAGUUGCAGAUAAGUUCAAUGUUCAACUGCAUUGACUUAACUUGUUGACUUUUGACUUAACCCCUGGACUACCUCUGAAGACAAACAAGCCUGGCUCAUUUCUGGGGAGACCCACGGCUGAUUGUGGCCAGUGGUUCCCAUCAGACCGACAGGCGACGUGGAUCAUGAAAUCUUGAAAUAACUUUCAAACUAGUACUGUCGUAGUCCACACAUCUCAUCUCACUACAUUCAUAUGACCGUCAGUGAAUGGAAGUCAGCCUGAAGGGUGCCUUUUGAUGUAACUACAGCUGAGUCGAUGUAUGUUAUUUUACACGAGUUGUGUCUGGAUAUUUACUCUCUAUAUGGGGACAAUGUUGUUCUGUGAUCUUACUAGUGAUAUAGUUACAUAAAGUACUUGAUCCAUUUUCAACUCUUGAAAAGUUGAAGUGUAACUUGAGAAAUCAUCUUAAAGCCUUUCUUUUAACACCUUUUUUUGUAGUUAUGUUAUUGAUGUGUCCUCAUCCACUUCAUUAAUACAACUCACAAACCUGUGAUAUAUAUUUUGUUAUGAUUCUUUUACCUUGUGAUUUGUGUUACUCUGCUUCUUUAUCGCUUAUCAAUAAAAUAUCACACUUA